AGCGCACCUCCCCGCCUUCUCCGCCCUUCCGCGGCGCGGAGAUCAACAGCAGCGAUGGCGGCCGAGGGAGGAGCGGGAACCCUAUUAGAAGCGGCAUCCUCGGCCCAAUUCCAGGAUUUGCUGCAGCGGCCGGACAGGUCUUUAGUGGUGGUUCAUUUUUGGGCCCCAUGGGCUCCUCAGUGCAUUCAGAUGAAUAAUGUCAUGGCUGAACUAGCAAAAGAGCAUCCACAGGUUUUGUUUGUGAAACUGGAAGCUGAAGCAGUUCCAGAAGUAUCUGAAAAAUAUGAAAUUUCUUCUGUUCCAACAUUCUUGUUUUUUAAGAAUUCCCAGAAAAUUGACCGAUUGGAUGGUGCUCAUGCACCAGAACUGACCAAAAAAGUUCAGCGUCACGCAUCUAGUUUGACUCUUUCAUCUGGUUCUGCUGAUAAUGAAAAAGAGGACCUUAAUUCACGACUCAAGAAACUGAUUAAUGCUGCACCUUGCAUGUUGUUUAUGAAGGGAACGCCUCAUGAACCUCGUUGUGGUUUCAGCAGACAAAUGGUAGAAAUUCUUAACAAACAUAACAUUGUGUUUAGCAGCUUUGAUAUAUUUUCUGAUGAAGAAGUACGCCAGGGUCUAAAAACGUAUUCCAACUGGCCUACUUAUCCACAGUUAUAUGUAACUGGAGAGCUUAUAGGUGGAUUGGAUAUUGUUAAGGAGCUUGAGGCUUCAGGAGAAUUGGAUACGGUCUGCCCUAAGGCACACAAAUUGGAGGACAGACUCAAAGAGUUAAUAAACAAGGCUCCUGUGAUGCUGUUCAUGAAAGGGAAUAAACAGAUGGCAAAGUGUGGAUUCAGCAAGCAGAUUAUAGAAAUUCUAAAUAAUACUGG